UCUAAUGUAGGUAAGAAAAUCAACACUAAUAUUUUCAAAACUACAUAUGACUCAACACAUGUUCUUUUGUUAUAAUUAAUCUCAGAAUAACUUGUUUCUCAACGAAACGACCCCUAAAAGUUAUAUGUCCCGAGCCGAGGAUCUAUCGAAAACGGCCUCUCUACUUCAUCUGAGGUAGUGGUAUGGACUGCGUACACUUUACCCUCCCAAACGGCCAGACCCAUGUUGUGGGAAUACAUUGGAUAUAUUGUCGUUGCUGUUUUAUAUUAGGGUGCACAUGAAAUUCUUGAGAGGACCCCACUCCUUAUCAAACAUCUUAUAGCCCUCCCAUGGUAUGAAGAUAUAUAUAUGUGUGUGUGUUGGUUCAUGAAAAAGAAACCAACAUAACAUAUAUUACAUAUAUGUGAGUUGCUAAGGACUAAGAUAUUAGUUGAUCAUACACAAACAUAUACAGAAAUAUUAUCAACAAGAAUGGGUAAAGGAAGAAGAAGUUGUUGUGAUAAAAGUAAAGUAAAGAAAGGGCCAUGGACUCCUGAAGAAGAUUUGAAGCUUAUUUCUUUCAUUCAGAAACACGGUCAUGGCAAUUGGCGCGCCCUCCCUAAACAAGCCGGGCUAGUGAGGUGUGGGAAGAGUUGUCGAUUGAGGUGGAUUAACUACCUGAGACCUGAUGUAAAGCGAGGGAAUUUCACCUCACAAGAAGAGGAUACUAUUAUAAACCUACACCGCUCUUUUGGGAAUAGGUGGUCAAAGAUAGCAUCUCAUUUACCAGGAAGAACGGAUAAUGAGAUUAAAAAUGUAUGGAAUACGCAUUUGAAGAAGAGAUUAUUACUCAUGAAGAAAGAGGAACACAAUUCUCCUUCAUCAACACCAACAUGUAGUAGCACUACUUUAGGGUCUUGCUCUCCAACUUCUUCGAAGGCCAAUGAUCAAGUGAUCGACUUUUGGGAAUAUAUGUUGGAUACUAGUAAUCCUACUAGUAUUAAUAAUUUGGAUCAUUUCGACAGCUAUUCCAAGCAAGACACUACUAGUACUAAUACCGAACAUCAUCAACCUCAGAUGGCCGACGAAUAUGAAUGCCAAAAGUGGUUGACAUACUUGGAGAUUGAACUUGGACUAACAACAAAUGAAGCACAACACCAAAUAAAAUAAGGUCAUGCAACUCUAAUCUAGCAAUUACUAUGUACUCAUUGAUUCACCAGGGAGUUUAUGCUUUGUACGCUUUAAGUUUAUGUAAACAAUUUUUAAGGUUACGCUAACAGUGUAUAUUAUGAGUGGUAAUAUUAGUAACUAGUUGUAUGUUCAGCUAGAAAUAAUGAAGAAAGGCAUGCACAUGCAUGUUCAUAUAUACUACUCUCAGUUUGGUU